AUGUCGAGAAGAUCUCAUCAUGAUAAUGUUGAUGUUGACAGUGAAGUAGGUGAUCGUGAUCGUCAUCGUCGAACAGCUCAAUCCGAUCGUGGUCGUUCUCCAUCACCAAAAGUAUCCAAACGUGUUCGUCAUAAUAAUGAAGAAGAACACGGUGAAAAAGAAUUAAUCAAUGAAAUUUCUUCAUAUUCAAAUGCUGAAAUACAUCGAAAAGAAAAAUCUCAAGGUUCAGCUCAAUUCGAUAAUCUUUAUGCUUCAUUAUUACCAUCAAGUGAUUA